AUGGCCAUCGUUAAUUCGGUUAUUGUUCCAGCUUAUAAGGAAAAAUUAAACAUCAAACCUUUAACCACCAGGUUAUUCGCAGCCUUAGGCAAUGAUGCCUCCAAGAGUACUGAAUUGAUCUUUGUCGAUGACAACUCUCAAGAUGGAUCCGUUGAAGAAGUCGAAACUCUACAGAAACAAGGUUACAACGUCAAAAUAAUUGUCAGAACAGAAGAACGUGGUCUAUCAUCUGCUGUCAUGAGAGGGUUCCAUGACGCUGAAGGUGAUUAUUUACUUUGUAUGGAUGCUGAUUUACAACAUCCUCCUGAGAGUGUCCCUGCCAUGUUCGAUAAUUUGAAAACUCAUCCAUUCGUUCUUGGUACAAGAUACGCUCCAGGUGUAGGUAUCGAUAAAGAUUGGCCAUUAUACCGUAGAGUUAUCUCUUCUACUGCUAGAUUGAUGGCUAGACCUUUGACUACUGCUUCUGAUCCUAUGAGUGGGUUCUUUGGGUUACAAAAGAAAUAUUUGUUGGAUCCUGCCGCAAAGGAUAUUAAUCCUGAAGGUUUUAAGAUUGCUUUGGAUUUAUUGGCUAAAUUACCAUUACCAGCUAAUGAACCAAUUGGUGAAGUCCCAUUUUCGUUUGGUGUUAGAACCGAGGGUGAGUCUAAAUUGUCUGGUAAAGUUAUCGUUCAAUAUUUGUUACAAUUGAAAGAAUUGUAUGUUUUCAAAUUCGGUGCUAACAAUUUAAUCAUUUUCUUAGUCUUUUGGAUUAUUUUGGCUUUGUAUUUUUUGGCCAAAUUAUUUUCUUUGAUCUUUUAA